GGCAGCGGGGCCGGUGGCAGCAUCAGUCCAGUGUGGCUCGGCGUGUGUGUGUCUGUGAGUGUGUGCUGACCCCACUACUGUCCGACAACAGCAUCAUGACCUAUCUGCUGCUUGGAGCCGUGCUGCUGGGUAAUCUGGAGGUCUGGGCCUCAGCACAAGUGAUGCUCGCUCCACCUGCCCAGGUGGGAUUCCACUCUGUGGACUAUAAGAACGUUCUGCACUGGACUCCGCCCACCAACAAGACCUCACUGCGGUACAACAUCCAGUGGAAGAUUUACGGGGAGCCUCAGUGGCUGGAUGUGGACGGCUGUCAAGGGAUCCAGAAGCGUCAGUGUGACCUCAGUGGCGUGACCUCUGACCCCAGAGAGUGGUACUACGCCAGGGUGCAUGCUUCCUCUCUGCCCUCAUGCAAAUCAGCCUGGGCCCUCUCUCCCAGAUUCAGCCCCCGCUGGGACACCAAAAUCAGCUCCCCAGUACUGAGGCUGAACGUCACCGAGCGGGGGAUCGUGGUCCGUGUGAAGACCCCCCGACUGCUGGUCCGAAAGAUGCACAGCGGUCUGUUCUUCAAGAUCUACCUCAUACACACUAGUGGAGAGGAGGAGGUGUAUGAGAUGGACUGCUGCUCCAACAAACUGACUCUGAAGGAGCUGAACCACGAGGGAAAGUACUGCCUCCAGGCCCAGACCAUGAUCCCCUCCCAGGCCAAGAGCAGCGACCGUAGCUCCCCGAGAUGUGUCACCGCGCUCUGAAUACAGGGACGGACGCCACCAACGCCAGACGACUCGUCAUCCAUUAGGGUUCAAUGAUCCAUCGCUACCUCAACAGCUGCAGCCAUAAACGUCCAUGCAAAUGAACAUGGUGCACUUUAUUAGUCCCAGCAUUAACGAUCUGACAUGUGGUUUGAACCAGCGGCUUCUUUUACCUGACCAGUGAGUGGACCUCGAGUCAAACAGCAAAUAAUAUCUAGUUCAGCUUUCCCAUUUUAUAUUGUUUUAUUAUUAUUAUCAUUCGUAUUAUUAUGGCCUUUAUAUUUCUUUUCUUUUUUUCUAUAAAUUCCUAACACCACAGUCUCAUAUUGGGGGAUGAACUCAGAGAUGAUGGGGACACUACAGCCCAGUUUGUUGUUAUUAAUUCUGUGCACAAUAUCUGCAUGUUUAACGUAACAAUCUUGAAUGGAUAAGAGAUCGUCUCCUGACACUACAUGACAAGGAUUACCCUGAUAAAUGCUUGAUACUUCUACCAAGGAGGUUUUGUUUUUUGCAUAAUCCUGCAAACAGACAAACGACGUCAAUGAGACGCUCAUCUCCUUCAACGGUUAUUGAACUAAAAGGGAAUAUGCUCGGCUGAGUGCCAUUUAUCUGUUGUCUAUAUUGUGCACGGUGACAUACAUGACAAGUUUCAUUUGUUACAGUUGUUUUCUGACACAAACGCACGAUCCAAUGUAGUUUGCAUGAGUUAUCCACAUUUAGUUUCCCCUGCCGUAGCUAUAGCCGCACUCGGCAGGUUUGUAUCUGAGGAUCUGAGCUGUCAGCAAUAGUGAAAAACCGUGAGCGGAGCACGACUGUGAAGAAGUGAGUCCACGCUGUGAGAAGCGCGUGCCACGCGACCAAUAAAAAGCCACUGGUCACACAUUGAUUUAAACUUUAUUCAAAAUGUUGACAAACUUGAUACUCUUGAUCAAUCAGGCAUGAAACAGCCAAUACUGUAAUGAUAACAAAAGUUGAUCACCGAAAGCUGCGUCCGACACACUCGGCGUCGCAGCAGUGUUCAGCGAUCUACAGGAAGUGUUGCAUUGAACAGGAAGUCUUGUGGAUUUGAUCAGACGGUCUCUCAGCAAAAACCCCUGUACUGCACCUCUGAGGUCGUUUGAGAAGUUCUAUUCUUUGUAAGAACUCCUCACUAGCAGCUAGUUCAUUCAGUGGUUUUGGUCCUUAGUGCUGGUGCAGCUGAAUUUGGUCCCGUAGCCAGAAGCCUGAACGCAGCUUCUUCAUGACCGGUUUCACAAAUGUUGUUGCCGCAGUUUGUCAAAAACGCAGAGGGAAGUUCAUUCGGGUUCGUCGAGUCGACUUUAACUGUAACAGAUCAAAACACUGUCCAAACUGCAGACUUCAGCUUCAAAGUGAUUCACAAUAUUUCAAGGGGAAUGUACAGUACCAGUGCAUCGUGGUUUCUACAGAUACACUUCAUUCUUUAAAAAAUAAAUGGGCAAACCCAGA